AUGACCGAAGAAAUAGGAAAAUUGGACAGCGAUCGUUAUAAACAAUUGAAAAGCGAGCAUACUCAUGCUUUAGAACUUUUCCUAGGGUCAGAAAAAAAAUUAGUGAAAAAAUUAAUCAAGGCUCAAUUAGCGUUUACACGAGCAGAAAAAGACCAAGAUUCCGAUAUUAGAACGCUCCGAAAAGAAUUUAAUAAUCUUUACAGCGAAAUUGAUGAAAAGUUAAAUGAUGAAAAAACUAUGAAAAGAAUAGAAACUAUUUUAGCGGAUUGUAGGGAAUUAGUGAAUCAAAGUGAGGAUGACAAAUCAUUAUUACAAGAAAUAAAAGCACUAGAAGCAGAAUUAGAACAGUCAGAGUCAACAGUUGAGGAGAAUAAAAUUGACACCCUGGCUUUUUACCCAAAUGAAAAAGGAAAAUUAGAAAGAUUAGCACUUAGAAAAAUUAUUCUAGUAGAAGUUAGAAAAUAUGAAGAUGAGGAAAGCAUUUUGCUGCUAGUUAAAGUGGUAGAGGGAAAUCAUGGAGAAUUGGGACUAGAAACAAAGGAAUUAAUUAUUAAAUUACCAAAAAGAAAGAAAAGAAUACAACCACAAGUAAGUAGUCAGCAACAAACAACAACCAAAAUUGAAUUACCGCCCACCCGAGCAGAAGACCAAUACAAUGAAGAAUGUAGCCAGUGUGCGGUAAAAAUCGAUGGAAAAGACAAUUACUUUGUCGAGUAUGAAGGGUAUGCUUGCGAUAAUUGUGUAGUAGGAUUACCCGAAGUAGACCCUACGGCAGAUUGA